AAACAGAGUAGUCUUCUUCUUCGUGUAUGUAUAUAUAUAUAUAUACUUUUCGCUUCGAUGGGCAUCUCUCUCAAACACGCACUCUCUGCAUAUCUGUGGUUGAUUUACGCUAUCGCCGGACGGUAAACGCUUUCGACUGCAUCUGAUUGAGUUAUGGGGCAGGCACUUUGUUGUGUUCAGGUUGAUCAGUCCACUGUUGCUGUUAAGGAACAAUUUGGGAGAUUUGAUGACAUACUUAGUCCAGGGUGUCACUGUUUACCUUGGUGUUUAGGUUACCAAUUAGCUGGAACUUUAUCUCUUCGUGUACAGCAGAUUGACGUUCGCUGCGAAACUAAAACGAAGGAUAAUGUUUUUGUGACGGUUGUUGCAUCUAUUCAGUAUCGUGCUUUGGCAGACAAAGCUUCUGAUGCUUUCUACAAGCUCAGUAAUACUAAAGCACAAAUUCAGGCCUAUGUUUUUGAUGUUAUUAGAGCUAGCGUUCCAAAGAUGGAAUUGGAUUCUGCAUUUGAACAGAAGAAUGAGAUAGCUGAAUCUGUUGAAAGAGAACUUGCAAAGGCUAUGUCUGCUUACGGGUAUGAAAUUGUCCAAACUCUAAUUGUGGAUAUUGAGCCAGAUGCACAGGUGAAGAGGGCAAUGAACGAGAUAAAUGCAGCUGCUAGACUUAGGGUAGCUGCGACUGAAAAGGCGGAAGCAGAGAAAAUACUGCAAAUUAAACGAGCUGAAGGAGAAGCAGAAUCGAAGUACUUAUCUGGACUCGGUAUCGCUAGGCAGAGACAAGCCAUCGUUGAUGGUCUUAGAGACAGUGUGAUUGCAUUCUCCGAGAAUGUUCCUGGUACAAGUGCUAAAGAUGUGAUGGACAUGGUUCUUGUGACACAAUAUUUCGACACAAUGAAAGAGAUCGGAGCUUCUUCUAAAUCUUCGGCUGUUUUCAUCCCACAUGGACCCGGGGCAGUUAGGGAUAUUGCUUCGCAGAUUCGGGAUGGACUUCUUCAGGGUCAGAAUGCUCAGAUUUGAAGAUGACAAACAUAAUUUGUAUGGAUUUAAGUUUUGAUAGUAUUUUAUGUUAGAAUUAUUAUUGGAGUUGCUUUAAAACCUUGAAAUAUAGUGCAAAUAUGGUGUUUGUGAUGUUUUUAUUAAGAAAUAUUUGAUUUGGGCUGUAUUUAUUUUGUGUGAUUGUAGCAAUUUGUUAAAACUUCUUCCAUUCUUAAUUCAUUUAAUAUUCUUGUUUCUUUC